CGCGGCCCCAACAGUGCGGGCUCCGGCGUAGGCGGCGCGGGGCCGAGGCCGUGGCCGGCGGGCCAGACCACCUCCUCCCCGGGCGUCCCCGCGGCACGCCCUCUCACCCGGAGGCGGAGGAAAGCGGACCUGCAGCGGCCUCGACGUCGACGAUCGCGCCGCCCGCAGUGGGAAGAGCCUUAUAAAGCUUCUGCUCGUCCGUCCCGAGCGACUCCAGCCGCGCAGUCUCGGACCUGUGCACCGGGCCGGGGAGGACCUGAGAUCGACUUCCGACGGACCCGGAUCCCGGCCAGCCUCCAGACCGAUCCGGGACAGACCCCAGGCCGACUCCAGGCACAUACCGGCCCGGACGCGCCCCCUGCCGGCUGGCAGCGGGGGCCGAGGGCGCCCCGGCGGCUGGGGCAUGUGUGGCCCGCGUUAUGGCCUCGGCUGUGUUUGAGGGCACCUCGCUAGUGAACAUGUUCGUGCGCGGCUGCUGGGUGAACGGCAUUCGCAGGCUCAUCGUCAGCCGGCGCGGCGACGAGGAGGAGUUCUUCGAGAUCCGCACGGAGUGGUCAGACCGAAGCGUGCUCUACCUGCACCGCAGCUUCGCCGACCUGGGUCGCUUGUGGCAGCGGCUCCGGGACGCGUUCCCUGAGGACCGGCCGGAGCUGGCGCGCGCGCCGCUGCGCCAAGGACUGGUCGCCAUAAAGGAUGCCCACGAUAUAGAGACCAGGCUCAAUGAGGUGGAGAAGUUGCUGAAGGCCAUCAUAAGCAUGCCAUGUAAAUAUUCUAGGUCAGAAGUUGUGCUCACCUUCUUUGAAAGAUCUCCUCUGGAUCAGGUGUUAAAAAAUGACAAUGUACAUAAAAUUCAACCCAGCUUUCAAAGUCCGGUGAAAAUAUCAGAAAUCAUGAGGUCGAAUGGGUUUUGUUUAGCCAAUACGGAAACUAUCGUUAUUGACCACAGUAUACCAAACGGAAAAGAGCAGCACCUGGGUGUGGACCCAGCAGAGCAUUUGUAA